GUAGUUUGCUGCACUGCGGCGACUACCGACGAGUCAUCAAGUUCGGAACACAUCCAACGCUGUUACCAGCUGUUGCGAGUCUAACUGGUUGGUUGCAUCACCCCAAGGCCAUCACCUGUAGUGCCUGCCCGCCAACUGCACGCCACGGUGCCAGCGUGUGGCGUGCACUACGUCAGCGACUCGAAGACUCGGCUGACUCGGCUCGGCUCGGCUAGCCUGGCCAGACCCGGCGGCGUUGGUUUCACUCGUUUCCAAGUGACGUCGGUGACGUAGUAAUGACGCAUUUUUCAGGGUCGGGAGAUGGCGCUUCGCGUAUCGAUUGUUCGGGCGCAGAAGGCGAAGACGAAAAGCUGCCGUGGUCCACUGUGCUAGCGGCCCAGAUAGUUUCUGCCCGUUAAAAUUGGGUCCGUCGGACGGUCCGCCGGAGUUCCCCACGCAGCCGCGGCUAACGCCGUCUCCAGUCGUCUUCGGCCGCGCCUGCUUGCCGGCUUCCCAUUCAAGUGACGUAACGCCACCCCACCUAUGAGGCAGUGAUAGCAGUCCGAGCCACCGAGCCGCCGCCAAGAUGCUUAUAAAGGAGUUCCGCGUCGUCCUGCCCAUCACGGUCGAAGAGUACCAGGUGGGCCAGCUGUACUCGGUGGCGGAGGCAAGCAAGAACGAGACUGGGGGCGGUGAGGGCAUCGAGGUAAUCAAGAAUGAGCCCUUCACCAAUGUGCCCCUGCUUGGCGGCAAGUACUGCACGGGCCAGUACACCUACAAGAUCUACCACCUGGCGAGCCGGGUGCCGGCCUUCAUCCGCAUGGUGGCCCCAAAGUGUGCCCUGGAGCUGCACGAGGAGGCCUGGAACGCCUACCCCUACUGCAAGACUGUGCUCACCAACCCGGACUACAUGAAAGGCAACUUCACCCUUUGCAUCGAGACCAUGCACGCUCCGGACAACGGCUUCCAGGAAAACGUUCACGAGUUGCCCCCGGAGAAACUGAAAAUCCGGGAGGUGGACUACAUCGACAUUGGCGGAGAUCCCGUGCUGCCAAAGGACUACAAAGAGACCGAGGACCCGUCCAAGUUCACUUCGGUGAAGACCGGCCGGGGCCCCCUGGUGGGCGACUGGGCCAAAACGGUGAAUCCCGUCAUGUGCGCCUACAAGCUGGUCACCGUGGAGUUCAAGUGGUUCGGACUCCAAAACCGUGUAGAGGCCUUCGUGCAAAAGAUGGAGCGGAGGAUCUUCCACAACUUCCACCGGCAAGUAUUCUGCUGGAUCGACCGGUGGCAUGGCAUGACCAUGAGGGACAUUCGGGAGCUUGAAGAGAAGACCAAGAGGGAACUGGAUGAGCAACGGCAGCAGGGCAAGGUGAAGGGCACCACUGCGGACGAGUGAUGACGUGCGACGGCGGACAUCAUUGCCUCCCCCCUCUCCUCCUCCUCUUCUUCGUUGUUGUUGUUGUUGUUGGACCUCUAGAGAUGAAAAAGAAAAUUGCCGUCACUCUUUAGCGGGGGACUGUGCCCGGGGUGGCGCCCUCUUGGGGAGGCAUCCUCUCGGGGAGGCAGACAUUCCGGGAGCCGUUUGGGCCGGCCGGUCGCGAUGAAAUAAAGCUGCUUGGCCGGCUGGCUUGGACCCUCUCCCCGCCCUCCUCCCUCCGGCACGGUGGCCGGACUCUGCGCGGCACUGCCCUUGCCCACGGGCGCUUCGUCACAGACUGCCCAAACGACGUUUCGUCGGCUUGUAGUCGUGCCGGUGUUGGGGAAUGCGUGUGGCUUCUUGCGCUGCGAGGACUUUGGGGCCUGGUGAUGUGCGUUACGUGCAGAUGAAGCGUCGAAUAUGUACUGGUUUAUUGCUGCCUUCUUUUUUUUGUUACGCGAGGUUGUAGGAUGAGGUGUCCGCAAUGUAUUUUUAAUUGGCUGCGCAUUGAGGCUAAACUUCUAAGCACGGUUUUGUUUGUCUGGAGUCGCGCCCUUGGUUUCCAAUUAAAUUGGUCGAGUGUAGCGCCUGCUUUACAAGGGAGCCUUUUUUUUUUCUAUAACUUUUUAACUGGGCUAUGCUUGAGCCAGCUUGCAUAAUAUAAAAUGUCCACCAUUUUUCUUUAGUUCUACCUAAAUCUUCAAACUUUACAUUUACCACAAUGUCAAUCAUCGUAAGUUUGGAAACCAUGUUCAGAAAAGAAAACUGUUUUUGUGAGCCUCCAAGGUGGUUGCCAACGAUAGGGGGUGGAGUUCAUACCGAACCAUUCAUGAAUUCUAGUGAAAUUCUGCGUGCACAGUGAUCUGCCAACUCCUAACCGUGUCGAGAAUUUUGGACUAAAUAAAAAUAUAUCCUAAGAUUCAAGUCAAUUUUCCAUACUGUCGGUGUCGUUUUUCAGUGUUGCUUUUUAGUCUAAUAACCAAGUGUUCCACCAACAUUCAAUCAUGGUCAGUUCAUUCUGCCUAACUGUCCCCUUAGCUUAGUUGAAGUGGCACGACUUGGAAGCUCUGUAGUGGGGCAAUAUUAAUGGCGGUGUCCAUCUGGUUCUCAAAACGUCCAAGUCUUCGGUGCUGGUCAUUCUACCAACUGUUGACGAAAUGUCGUUUGAGCCUCACUAGUGUGCGAAGCGAGGGUCAGCUUGAUGCCUGCUGGCAAGUGAAGUGCCUCCGGUUAACGGGCAUUUGUGCCACAGCCUGCAGAAAUCCCAGUGGCUUUCAAUCUGACAAUUGCAAACUGCACACAACGUUCCCCUGCUGUGCAACACGGAGGGAGUUCAGGUGCAGUUGGUGCAGCUGUGGCACUCGCUGCUGCUGUUUCCCCAUGUGCUAAAUUGCUUAAUUUCAUUGAAAGUGCCUCAAUGAAUGAGGUGGGGUUGGUUAUUUUCAUUCGGUCGGUUUCUGCAGCAUCUGUUGGCCGUCAUCGCCAAGGGGGAGAGUGAACGAUGCCAGCUCAUUGGGUCGCGAAGUCUGGGCUUAGGUGCAACCAAGCCCAGGCAGUGGUUGUAGGUUCUGCUGCCAGUGGGCUAUAAAUAAUCCGGCAGUAUCAGGUUAACAGUGCUGUAAAUGUUCUGCCUCCAGCAUUACCUUUCCAUCUUCUAUGGCACUUCGGUGCAUGUGCAGCCAAAGCCCGACAGAGGCCACUGCGCGUGUGCUGGGCUUCUACUGUAUACCUAACCUGUUAACUGUAAUAGGCCUUUGGGUUUUAAACUGCUUUUAAAAGAUUGAGUUACGCUGCCGGUUUUUUCUGUCUUGUCAAGAGGUUGACUUUUAAUUGCAGACUUAUCUAUAUAGAAGUUUUUGCAUUUUAUUGGCGCAAUGCCCACUGGUUGCUUUGACGAGAUUAACUUGGGCUCUAGUCAUGAUGCAUAUUUGGUUGUGUUUUCAACUAUUUUUGGUAGAACUUGUUUGGAAAAGUUUCAGAAGUGCCAUUUUUUGAAAAUGCGUGGGGGGUGAAAAUCUAAGUUGAGCCGGGUCUUAGCCCAAACAAAACUAACAACUCUUAAUUUGGGUGAUGGCAUGCCCAACCUGGCUUUGAGACAAACAUGAAUGUAAUUCCAUGUUGCAAAACAUUCCAAGGCGCUCGCAUAUGGGCAUUUUGGCAGGUAGGCCGGUGAAAUGCUUGCAAGUUAUUCUCUCCGGGUGUGCGGAGAUUUCGGAGAAAUUUCACUUUCUCAUACUUGCCUCCAUCCAUUUCACGGCAGUCAUCGCGGAAGCAUAAAACAAGUAUGAGGAAAACCUGGAGUUGGCGCAAAACCAAAUUUAAUAGGGAGGAGCGGUAUAAACUUGAAGGUUCAGCUAGGUAAAAAGCGGAAUGCUGAGGUGUCCCGGACAUUAAAGGGCAACUCCAGUACGAAAACGCAAUAAAAAAAAAUUACUGGUAUCGCUUUAGUGGCACAAAAUACGAUCCCGGCCGAAAUAUUACAUCAAAGUGAAGCCAUGUACCCCAAUAAUACAGAUUUUAAAGAUGCGACCGUCCACUCUUUAGUGGGUGGCAAGCGGGUUAGCUUUUAGUCGAGGAACACUGGUGCAGCACCCUUGCGAUGUCGCGUUGCAUGGUUGUACUGAGACUUGGCACCCUUGCAACAUCGCAUCGCGGCCGUACGGCUGAUGAUCAGAGUUACCAUCCCUCUAACAGAAAGUCUUGGUUUUGCCGUAGAUGCCCGAAACCAAACUUUGAGCCAUGGUAUUUAGGACUACACACAAUAUUGAAAGAAGAAUUAUACCUUGUAAUUCAGGGACACUGCUUUAGCUAAAAACGGUCGCAAAACCGAAUGAAAAAAUAUUGACCGGGGUUGCUCUUUAAGCAAAACAAGGAAAUGGAAACACUUUUAGGUCACUCUUCUUGGCUAUUUGUCUACAGUCUGUUGCAGGUUUAAGAAUACCAGGACAAGUUCUUCCUACAAAGCCCUCUGCCCAUUCCCCUUUAGCAAAGAGCGAACAUUAGAGAAGGAAACAACCAGUCACUGGAAACGGAUCUUUGUGAGGGGAAGUGGGGGGUCUUAUUGUGCUAUUUUUAACCUACAGCAGACUAUAGUAGAUGCGUAGCAGAUGACAGAUAGUAAAAAGAAAAGGAAUUUUUUAUAGCUUGAUCUGCAAUAUUGCCUUACUUAUCAUUGUGCAUGCUGGCGUAGUGUCACACUUGGUGACGACUCUACAGCCCAGCAGCUUGCAUGCCGCUGCAUCUGCAAUCCCAGCUAAACAUGGAAGAGGGAGGCUGUUUCACAGUCCAGAUCUAAACAGCUCUAAGUGGUUGUGAACGAGUAAUUUACGUGAAUCAUUCACACCACCGAGAAUCUCUGAUGGCCUCUACUGGAAUGGCACUUCUGAGGAGUCUGGCCUGCCUGCCAAACGACUGCCCUGUUUGUGUCUCUUAGGAUGCCAGAGUAGCAGGAUCACCAACCUACCCCCUUUGUAAAUGAGAGCCACAUUGUUUUGCCACAUUACGAACAAAGUUUGCCAAAAAUGACUGGAUGAGGCCAGCAUUGUUUUGCUCGGUCAUGGCCGGCAAGCUUGCAAUACCCUGCAGUGUUGCACUGACGUAAAGUUGUGUUCUUCCGAUGUGUAGUUUGGAAUGAGGUGGUUUGGCAUGGUGCCAUGUGCCUGUAUUAACUCUACUGGGAUAGAGGGGGGGGGGGGGGAGACUAUUAGAAUUUGGCUCGCUUAGGGUGUUACUCUUGUCAGCCAACUUACUUUAUCAAAAUGAAAAAAGAAAAGCCUGGUAAAUGUAUCAAAUGUGUUAAAGACCAAACUAGCUGAAACCAAAUAAAACAUUCAAUUAAUGUUUACUACAACAGCAGUCAAAAAUAAAGUAGGUCUCCCCGUACAUGAAAGCGAGACCACGCUGAAUAGGCAUCAUACGAGUCCAACGUGUGUUUUGAAAGUUGAAUAUUUUUAGCUGCUGGCCAUUUCUGAAGCUGAAGCGAGACAAUUUUGGCAAGAGCAUCGCCCUGCAGGAUCUUAACUUUAUUCAAGCAGAGCCCCCCUUUUUUUAAUGCCGAAGUAUUGAGAAAAUAUGUCUAUGCAAUUCGCUUCCGUGGGAAAAGCAGAUCUAGAGUGCACGCUCUGUUCACCUUCACACAAGAUUGUUCCCUGCGAGCUCGAAGAGCAGAGGCAUGGAUCAGUUUCCAGUUGCACUCCUUCACACGGUAGCCGAAUGCACGGACCAAUCAUUUCUCAACAGUUGGAGGUUUCGAUUUGUUUAAAUUCCUUUAGGGCUCUGCUUGUACUGCCUCAGUGACCCACCUAGCACAUCCUUAAAGGGGCCGGUACGCCGUCGCAUAAGCGCGCGAGACUGCCCCAAGUGGAGGCGUCUUUGGCUUGUGCCUGUCGGGCAGCUGUCCGUGGUUGAAGAUCGCACGCUUUGUGGUGAUGCCCCUCCGCCGUGCUUUGCUCCCGUGGGCCGUGAGCCAACGGGCGACCCUAGUGACUGGUCCCGUGGACGAUGCAUCGAAAGUUACCGACAUUAAAAUUGUGACGAUGGCA